AUGGAGGAGGCGCAACGCAUUGCUGCUGAGCAUGAGGAGGAGACCAAGAAACAGAUCAGCGCGGCUGAGGUCUCCGCUUCUGCGGCUCGGGAGGCUGCUGAACGAGAAAAGCAAGCAUUGGAGGCUCAGGGCGCUGCUGAACGAGCUGCAGAAGAAGAAAGGGCCAAAUUCGAGAAGGCCGAUCAAGCUAGGAUUUUGACCGAAAAGGAGCUAGGAGCUAGGUUAUCAGAGGUAGUGGAUACGAAGGACGCCGCCGAGACCGCACGGGACGCUGCCCUCGAGGAGGCUGAGCGUGCUCGUGCCGCUCUUGAAAAACGCAACGCAGAACGUUACUCCCAGAAGCAAGAAGCCCAGGCUAAGAAGGAUCGGGAGGCUGCCAUCUCGGCCAUCGCAGCUAAAGACGAGGCAGAGAGAAAUGCCAGGAAAGCUUUGGAGGCAUUUGAUGAAGCGCAACGCAAGUGGAAGGAUGGUGUCCAGCCGGCGACUUCUCCGUCGGAGUCUCAAGUGGAUGCUCUGAGGAGAUCUCGCCAGUUCCGUGAAGGCGCUUUCCACGUCGGAGUAGCCGGUCUCACCGGUACAGGAAAAUCUUCCUUGAUCAACGCACUUAUGGGGGUCAUCACUGGCACGGCAGAGGCAGUACCAACUGGCACUCAGUCUACCAAGUCAGUGGGGAGAUACAUCGAUGCCAGACGCAAUUAUCCCCAUAUUUGGUAUGAUGUUCCAGGAGCGGGAACGCUUACUGCUCCCAGCUGGAACUACUUCCAUGAUCAGGGUUUAUUCGUGUUCGACGCCAUCAUGGUUGUCUGGGACAACCGUUUCACUGACGUCGACAUCGCAGUGCUGGAGAACUGUGUACGACUGAAAAUCCCCGCUUUCAUCAUCCGUACCAAGUCCGAUGUCCAUAUCACCAAUAUCGAAGAGCGUAUGAGAGACGUUGUCGAAGCUGAUCCUACGCUCACCAACAAGGACCGCAAGUCCCGUUUUACCGUCAUUCCGUUCUCUGCUCGCGCAGAGUACAUAUCGGAGACGCGCCAGGGUGUCGAGCUUAGUUUGCACAACGCGAACUUGCCUUCAAUGAAAGUCUAUCUCGUGUCCAACAAGACAAUCACCAAGAUCGUACAGGGAGAUAAGAAUAUGAGGAACGUGAGAGUCAUUGACGAGUUCGAUCUCUUGAACGACAUUUGGGCAUUGAGGAGAGCUACUAGCAGAGGUGGUGGAUCUACCAUUCCUCGUAUGCAUAAUGUAAGGGCCAAUACGACGCCGGUUAUGUGA